GACGAACUUACUCUUCAGCUUCUAGCCGUCAUGCCAGCUGUUAGCUUUUAAGCCAAUCGUGCUAAUGACUUCUCAAGCACUCACAACGCUUCUGGUUUGUCUUCUUCUAUGCGUCCAAAGCAAAGAUGGCGGUGGCACGGGAUCGAGUGGUUCGUCUGCUGAUGCAGCUCGAGCGCGCCGCGUAAGUACAAAACAAACGUGCAGGUGUCCUGCUCACUCCAGCACUUUCCAUCAAGCGGUGCCGUGCACCAAGCGUGAGACGGACUACGCCUUCGAGAUGGCCAGCUCCAACAUUCGAUAUGGGGAAGGAGUCAGCAGGGAGAUUGGCAUGGACCUGCGAAACUUGGGCGCUCGGAAUGUGUGCGUGAUGACUGACAGCAACUUGUCCGGCCUGCCGCCCGUCAAGGCGGUUCUUGAGUCGCUGGCCAAGAGCGGCGUGCCCUACAAAAUGUACGAGGGCGUUCGCGUGGAGCCCACAGACACCAGCUUCAAAGAGGCGAUCGCUUUCGCCAAGAAGGGUGCCUUCGAUGCCUUUGUGGCAGUGGGUGGGGGCUCGGUGAUUGACACGUGCAAGGCGGCCAAUCUGUACUCGUGUCACCCCGACGCCAACUUCCUGGACUUUGUCAACACUCCCAUCGGCAAAGGGAAUCCUGUCACCGGCGCCUUGAAGCCACUCAUUGCAGUCCCGACGACCGCCGGCACCGGCAGUGAGACUACAGGCGUGGCCAUCUUUGACUAUGAGCCUCUAAAGGCCAAAACAGGCAUUGCCAGCCGAGCCCUGCGCCCCUCCCUGGGUGUGGUGGACCCCCUGCAUACGCUGAGCAUGCCCACCAGGGUCGCCGCCAACAGCGGCUUCGAUGUUCUCUGCCACGCUCUGGAGUCAUACACCGCCCUGCCGUACCACUGCCGCGCUCCCUGCCCCCCUGACCCUCUCAAUAGGCCCGCCUAUCAAGGCAGCAACCCCAUUAGUGAUGUGUGGGCGCGCCACGCCCUCCGACAGGUUGCCACGUAUAUGAAAAGGGCGGUUGAAAACCCGGAGGACGUGGAAGCUCGCUCCAACAUGCACCUGGCCAGCGUGUUCGCCGGCAUCGGUUUCGGAAACGCCGGCGUUCAUCUUUGCCACGGUAUGUCAUAUCCUAUCGCUGGCAACGUCAAGACGCACAAAGCUGACGGCUACAAUGUAGAGCACCCCCUUGUGCCUCACGGCCUGUCGGUGGUUCUGACGGCGCCAGCUGUGUUCAGCUUCACAGCUCCCAUGUGUCCGGAGCGCCACCUGGAGGCAGCUCAAAUCCUCGGUGCCGACAUCAGUCGUGCCAAGCGAGCAGACGCGGGCGCCGUGCUAGCCGACACGUUGCGUCACUUCCUGUUUGACCUGAAGGUGGAGGACGGCCUCGCCGCCGUCGGGUACUGCAAGGAUGACGUACCCGCGCUCGUCCAAGGAACCAUCCCGCAGGAGCGCGUGACCAAACUUUGUCCCCGCGAGCACAGCGAGGACGACUUGACGAGUCUGUUCGAAGCCUCCAUGAAGCUUUACUGAUGUGACUUCCUGUCACAUCAACAAAGUGCCUUCAAUGCUUGGCCAGAGCUGCAAUCACAGCCGAGUUUAUACACACGAAUGACUUAAAUUAGCACAACCUUUUUUUUU